AUGACUGAACAUAGCCAGCAUAACCCUCUGUCCCGAGCCUACUCCACGGACUCUUGCCCCCCUGGAAGUCUCUGCACCAGACAUGUUGGUCACUCUGUAUCUCACCUCUGCUUCCAAGGCAUUGCCUGUCCCCUAAUUCCGCUAUUCCUGUACGAAAAAGAAGCUACCCUGGUUGGAGUCUCCUCUGAUCUCUUGGGCAAAUUCUUGCCCCACUAUCUUCCUUCUGACAUAGGAGAAUGGAUCCGCGUCUCCAGAACAUGCCACGACUGGACUGCUCUGACCGAUCUGCUCACAAGCACCUAUGGGUUGAACCUGGAGAUUGAGAAGGCCCAAUGUUGCCAGGCCCUCCAAUCCACUAAACAAGGGACACUUCUGAUCCGAAUUUUUCAGGUCAAGUUCGCAACACUAGCCAAUGACAUUCCUGCUAGCUGCCGUCUCUCUGAGCGUACCGUUUUGGCGAUAUUCAUGGAUAACAUAAAGCCUCAGCUCCGGCAACUGAUGGAACCCACACUCACCAAGUAUGACAGCUGGGAGUCCGCGUAUGCCACUGCAGUGAAACACGAGGAUCGCUGUGGUGAGUAUGCACCACCACCAGCCUUCACCCCACUCUCUAGCCAUGCCCCACAACCAAUGGACUGUUUGGCAGCAAUAUACUCUUCGCGUCCCCAUCACAAUGGCCCUCUGGAUGGUGUCCCACGACUCUGGGGAGCAGAUUGA